CUCUCUCUGAAAAAUCAUCUCUCUUUAAACCCUUUUGUCAAUUUUAACUUUCGAUCUCCAAUGGCGGCGUCGUUUGCCUCUCUUCCCACAUUUAGUGUCGUCAAUUCCUCCAGAUUUCCCAGAAGAAGAAUCGAUUUUUCUUGCUCCAAAAACCCCGUCCGUUCUUGUUCCGGCAACACUCGUGAAAAUAAGCAGAGAGGGACAUUUGCAUCAUUGAAAGAAUGUGCCAUUUCAUUAGCUUUAUCGGUUGGUUUAAUAGCUUCAGUACCUUCGAUUGCUUUGCCUCCCAAUGCUUACGCAGUGGCGAAUCCAGCCAUUCCAGAGGUUUCGGUGUUGAUCUCUGGUCCUCCGAUUAAAGAUCCAGAAGCUUUACUAAGAUAUGCAUUGCCUAUUGACAAUAAAGCCAUCAGAGAAGUACAGAAGCCUCUUGAGGAUAUCACUGAUAGCCUCAAGAUUGCUGGCGUUAAGGCUCUCGAUUCUGUUGAACGGAAUGUGAGGCAGGCAAAUAGAUCAUUGCAGCAAGGGAAAAGUAUGAUUGUGGCAGGUUUUGCUGAAUCGAAGAAGGAUCAUGGUAAUGAAAUGAUCGAAAAGUUGGAAGCUGGUAUGCAAGAUAUGCUAAAGAUUGUGGAAGAUCGGAAAAGAGAUGCGGUUGCUUCAAAACAGAAAGAAAUUCUCAAAUAUGUUGGCGGAAUAGAAGAGGAUAUGGUUGAUGGCUUCCCAUAUGAAGUGCCGGAAGAGUAUAGGAACAUGCCUCUUCUCAAGGGAAGAGCCAGUGUGGACAUGAAGGUCAAGAUCAAGGACAAUCCCAACAUUGAGGACUGUGUGUUCCGCAUUGUUCUUGAUGGUUAUAACGCCCCUGUUACCGCGGGGAACUUUGUGGACUUGGUAGAGCGGCAUUUCUAUGAUGGCAUGGAGAUCCAGAGAUCUGAUGGAUUUGUGGUACAAACAGGAGAUCCAGAGGGUCCUGCGGAAGGAUUUAUCGAUCCAAGCACAGAGAAAACGCGGACAGUUCCUCUAGAGAUUAUGGUGACUGGAAAGAAAACGCCUUUUUACGGUUCAACUCUUGAAGAACUGGGUCUUUACAAGGCUCAGGUUAUGCUUCCUUUCAACGCAUUUGGGACAAUGGCAAUGGCAAGAGAAGAGUUUGAGAAUGAUUCAGGAUCAAGCCAAGUGUUUUGGCUUCUAAAAGAGAGUGAGCUGACUCCAAGCAAUUCCAACAUCUUGGAUGGUCGUUACGCUGUCUUUGGUUACGUUACUGAUAACGAAGAUUUUCUAGCUGAUCUUAAAGUUGGUGAUGUUAUUGAAUCCAUUCAAGUUGUCUCCGGUUUAGAGAACCUCGCUAACCCGAGUUACAAAAUCGCCGGUUAACUUCACUUAUCUUUUCCCUUUUCUUGGUUCAUACUUCAUAGUAAGUAAUACUCUGUUUAUUUUAAUUUUGUGAGAGUAAUUUAAAGGUGCAUCACUUUUUUCCUAUGAAAAAUUGAAAAUACUGUAUAAUUAUGAAAUGUUUGAAUUUAUGUCGGUUUAAAAAAAUCAUUUAAUAUUU